AUGUCAGCCGCCCGCCCGACCGCCCACGUCCAAGAGCCCACCGUGCUCUCAACGACAGGCACGUUCGUCGAGGCGCAGGAGUCGCGUCUCUCCAACACCAGCAGCGAGAAAACCGCGAAUACCACAAGCACGCUGAACGCGGACAAGGAUGGCGUCUUCGUGUCAGAGGCACUGCCAGAGGUUGCGGACAAACCCCCGCCCGUGCGACGCGAGGGAACGAUCGAUCCCACCCGCUGCCCUCCCGUUAUCCCGCCCAACCAUACCAACAGGACGCUCGUGGUCUGCUUCGAUGGCACGGGCGACCAGUUCGACGCGGACAACUCAAACAUCGUGCAGCUAGUGUCGCUGUUGAAGAAGGACGAUCAGACGAAACAGUUGGUGUAUUACCAGACGGGGAUUGGAACGUACACGUCGCCCAAGGUUGCAACUCCAUUCAUGUCCAAGACUAGGAAGAUCCUCGAUGAAAUGAUCGCCUUGAAUUUGCAUGCCCAUGUGAUGAGUGGGUAUGAGUUCUUGAUGCAGAAUUAUAUCUCAGGGGACAAGAUCUACCUAUUUGGUUUCUCGAGAGGCGCAUAUACGGCGCGAAGUCUCGCGGGCAUGCUCCACAAGGUUGGCCUUCUUCCAGCUGGCAACUUCCAACAAGUACCGUUCGCGUACAAGAUGUACACUCGUGCCGACGAUAUAGGCUGGGAACAAUCCAACGAGUUCAAGAAGGCAUUUUCAGUUGAUGUGUCUAUCGAGUUCAUCGGCGUUUGGGACACAGUCGAUUCAGUCGGCAUCAUCCCGAAAAGACUGCCCUUCACGACUUCAAACACGAUCGUCAAGACUUUCCGGCACGCUGUAGCACUCGAUGAACGUCGCGCCAAGUUCAAGGCCAAUUUGUGGAACCGACCUACUCAUGAAGAGGCAAGAUUAGGACUUCCCUCCUGCAGUCACCAGCACCCUCCGGCUCCUCCUAAACAACCAACCCGACCGCCUAGCUUCUUCGAAGAGUACGAAGACUUUGAAGAGAACGAGUGCCUAGACAGUCCUGAGACAGAGAAGAAGAGAUGGUCUGGUGAGAAGCCGAAGAUCAAGCGAAGGAAGGAGGACGAGGAUGACAAGGCUCUGAACACGUUGGAGAGGAUGUAUUCCGAGAAGGGCGACACGAUGACAGAUAUUGAGGAGGUGUGGUUUGCUGGAUGCCAUUGCGACAUCGGUGGUGGUGCUGUCAGCAACAAGACGCGGCACUCUCUCGCGCGCAUCGCCCUGCGCUGGAUGGUCCGCGAGUGCUUCAAGUGCAAUACGGGGAUUAUGUUCAAAUCGGACACCCUUCGCGAUAUCGGCCUCGACCCAUCGACACUCUACCCCUACGUAGCACCCCGUCCGCCACCUCUGCCCAUCACGGAACAGCACAAGAUCCAACACCCACCGUCCAAGCCUAUUCCGAUCCGCCCACACAAGCUCCUGACAAAGAAAAACAAGAAGUCGUCGCAGGAGAUGCCCAAGCUCUUGCAGGCGCAGCGUGUGCCGUUCCUGGGCUCGGAGGAGGAAGAGGAGAUUCGGGAUGCCAUGGCCCCGAAGUACGAUCAGCUCAGGCUAAAAAAGUUCUGGUGGGUGCUUGAGUGGCUACCGCUCCAGCUGAGGUACCAGAGGGGGAAUAACGAGUGGGUUACGCAUUGGGGCCUGAACAGAGCUAACCCGCGGUACAUCCCGAAGCAACGCACCAGUGGUUUGAAGGUGCACCGGAGCGUCAAGCUGAGGAUGGAAGCAGAGUAUGCGGACGAAGAAAGGAGGCGCAGGGGCAAGAAGUACGUGCCCAAGCCAGUCUUGUGGGUCGAACCCACUUGGAUUGAUUGA